AUGGCCACAGAUAUAUACCAGCCUUACUAUUACUAUUACCCAGAACACGACCAAGACUAUUACCCUGAUGGAUACACUCAUGCAAGACGAACUUAUUAUGACGCGUCUACUUCAAAGGAUUAUCCUUAUUAUUAUUAUAAACAGGGUAGUAGUACAAGUAGUCCGAAAGCAUAUCCUUACAAUCAUUACACAGAUACAUAUUCAUAUCAUAAUGAAUAUGAUGAUGAUGAUAUAUAUUAUGAUGCUGAUGAUUCAAAUGUCUAUGGUCAUAUGCCUUAUCCAAAAGAGACAGAUUAUUAUGAGAGUGAUAAAGAAGAAGAAGAUCAAGAAGAGGAUGAAGAGGAUUACGAUGAAACAACACGAAGAAAUACGAUGCUUAAUGCUGACCUAAAUACUUUUACAACUCGAGCAGACUCACUAAUGUCUGAAUCACUGCAACCAUCACUACACUUAUCAUCAUCACAACCAGUGCAUUCCGUCAUGCCUCAUGUUACUACUGUUAAUACGAAUAAAAGGAAAAAAUGGAUGAAUCCUUUUAAGCUAUUGAAAAACAAGGUCAAAAAAUUUCAAACCGAAAAUGCAUCCUCUUCUCCACAACCAACUAUACAAUUCAUUCCUACAACAGAGGAUGAUAUAUUAGGUGAUGUAUUGGAUUCUCAUCAGCAAAAGCAUCUACUCAAUCAGCUAUAUCAAAUACAACAACAACAGACCAGUCCACAGCAGCAUACUGCCAGUCCAGAAAGAGUCAAGAUUACAAGUCUGGAUCGUAUUUGGGUGUUUCGAUUGAUUACCUUUGAUGAAGAACAACAGACUAAUGAUCAUAUCGCUUGGAUAUGCUUUGAUUACGAAAAUCAAUUGCUCAUUGAAGACUACAUAGGUCAUCCCGAAGAAGAGGGUUUAACUCUUUAUGAUUCACAUAUACGUCACAAAGGAAUGCCUGUGGUUGUUAUGCCUACUAAUAACAAGGGAUAUUAUUUUGCAGAUGCUCAACAAGCACAACUGUGUACACUCGAAGUCAAGUCUAUAAGAAAUGACAGGAACAAUAUUACUUUUGUAUACCGCUUAUAAAAAAUAAACUCUAUCUGCAUAUUUAUAUUUUUUUUUUUUCUUAAUGGCACAACCUGAUU